GCGCGGGGUGCUGGUGGAGCUGGAGACUCCGCAGAGCGCGGCAGGCCGCCUCGCCCUGGAGCUGUCAAGUGGCUCCCAGCCCGCGGGGCUCUAGGAGGAGGACAGAACACUAGCUUCCUCCUCCUACCAGGGAGAUCAGAGAGAAUGAAAGCUUACUUGAAGAGUGCAGAUGGCUUUUUUGUCCUAAAUAAAAGCACCACGAUCGGCAAGCAUGUGGAUUCCGACCUCGUCUUACAGUCCUCAGACAUUGACAACCACCAUGCGCUCAUCGAAUUCAACGAGGAAGAGGGCAGCUUUGUCCUUCAGGACUUUAACUCCCGCAACGGCACGUUUGUCAACGAGUGCCACAUUCAGAAUGUGGCAGUGAAGCUGAUCCCUGGGGACAUCCUGCGGUUUGGCUCUGCCGGGCUGACCUACGAGCUGGUCAUUGAGAACCAGCCCCAGGUCUCCUGCCCCUGGAUGAGGGGCCCAGCACCUUGGGCAAUGCCACAGCCACCUCAGGCCACACAGCAGCCACACCAGGCACCCUCGCCACCCCACAUACCAUUCUACCAGGGCAUCCGGCCAGCAUCAAUGCAGAGAAGUUGGUCGCAGGGUUGCCCCAGACCCACCAUGGUCCCGCCUGCUCACCAGCGGCCCAUGAGUGCCAACGGGAAGAUGUUUUCCUUUGUGAUGGACCCCAAGUCCCCUGUCAUCAAGCAAGUGUGGGCCAGUGCCGUGGAACUGUCAGAACAAUGCAUGGUCGAGGGACUCUCCGGGGCGGUACCUCCCACCGAGUUCUUCAUGGAUCAGGACCUAGGCCCGCAAGACAAGGAUGAGAUCAUUCUGCUGCUGGGGAGAGAGGUUAAUCGGCUCUCUGAUUUUGAAAUCGAGUCCAAAUACAAAGAUGCGGUGAUAAUGAACCUGCGGGUGGAGUUGGCUGAACUGAGUCAAAGGCUCUCAGAGAUGGUGGCAGCUGCCGCCGCAGCCAGGCAGACCGACAGAAGUGUCCUGAAGUUCCAGGACCAGGAUGAAGGCGAUGAUCUCAGGCAGAAGGAGAUUGAGAGCAUGAAAAGCCAGAUCAGUGCCCUUCAAAAAGGCUAUAGCCAGGUGCUAUCUCAGACCCUGGCUGAGCGCAACUCAGAAAUCGAAACGCUGAAGAACGAAGGCGAGAACUUAAAGAGAGACCAUGCCAUCACAUCAGGGAUGGUGACAUCUUUACAGAAAGACAUGUCUGCACGGAACGAGCAGGUUCAGCAGCUGAAGGAGGAGGUGAGCCAGCUGAAGAGCCAGAACAAAGAGAAGGAGUACCAGCUGGAAGCCCUGGGCUCCAGGUGUUCAGUGCUGAAAGAAGAGCUGAGGAAGGAGGAGGCCCAGAAGGAGAGCAGGGAGGCCCGGGAGAAGGAGUUGAAACUCUGCAGAAGCCAAAUGCAAGACAUGGAGAAAGAAGUGAAGAAGCUCAGAGAGGAACUGAAGAAGAACUGUUCCAAUCAGAAUGCCAUCUCCAAGACGCUACGAGAAAAGAGUAAGGUGGAAGAGAAGCUUCAGGAAGAUUCCAGAAGGAAAUUGCUUCAGCUGCAAGAAAUGGGGAACAGAGAGACCCUCAUUAAAACCAAUUUGGAAAGGGCAGUAGGCCAGCUAGAGCACUUCAGGAGCCAGGUCAUCAAAGCCACUUUCGGAAGAGCAAAGCCGUUCCAUGACAAGCCUGUCACCGACCAGCAGCUGAUAGAGAGGAUCGUCCAGGUCACUGAGGACAACCUCAGCUUCCAGCAGAGGAAGUGGACCCUGCAGAAGGAGACUCACCUGAGCAACUCCAAGCAGGAGGAGACCGAGGAGAACAUGGAGAAACUGAGGACACUGCUGAGCAACUGCCAGGCUUGCAUGAGAGAAUCCUGCAGCAGCAGUGACCUGAAGAAGGAGGUGGGGCUCCUUCAGCACCUGCAGCUCAGCCCACCCGUGUCAGGGCUUCAGAAGGCCGUCCUGGACAUCCUGCGAGUGUCCGUGUCCUGGCUAGAGGAAACAGAGCAGUUGCUUAGGGACCUCAACAUCCAGCUGUCGGGUUCUGACAAAGGGUUCUCUCUGUGUCUAAUAUAUCUUCUGGAACAAUACAAGAAAAUUAUGUGCCAGACCCAGGAACUUAAGGUCCAGAUGAGCACUUCUCAGGAAACUCAGCAGUGUCUGCAGCAGGAACACCAGGCCGAGAAGGAGAAGCUGAGCAAGGAGAAGCUGGAACAAGAGGAGAAGCUGACAGCCAGAAUCCAGCAGCUGACGGAAGAGAAGAAGGCCCUGGAGACAACUAUUGCCCAAGAGCAAAACAGAGCAAAAGAGGCUUUAGAGGCGGAGCAGAGGAGAACCCAGGAGGUGGAAAGUUGCUUGGCCUCCCAGAAGAAGACUUUGGAGGAGAGCAUCGAUCAGGAGAAACACAGAUCCCAGGAGGCCCUGGAGAAGGCACAAACUCGAGUCCGUGACCUGGAGAGCCAGUUGGCCUGUCAAAAGGAGGUCUUGGAGGACAGUGUGGAUCAUGAGAAAAGAAAAAUGUGGGAAGUGCUGGAGGCCGAGAGGAGGAAGACACAAGACCUGGAGAACCAGCUGACCCAGCAGAAGGAGAUCUCAGAGAGCAUCACCUACGAGAGACUCAAAAUGCGAGACACCCUAGAGAAGGAAAAGAGGAGAAUACAGGACCUGGAGAACCGCCUGACCAAGCAAAGAGAGGAGAUAGAAUCAAAGGGACAAAAAGAGGACAUCUUAAAUGAUAAAUUAAACGACACCCUGGCCAUGGUGGAGGAGGCUCAGCGGAUGAAGACAGCUGAGAGUCUCAAAGCCGAGAACCUUGCCCUCAAGUUAAAUGAGACAUUAGCCGAGCUCGAAACGACCAAGACAAAAAUGAUCAUACUGGAGGAGCGGCUUCGGCUACAGCAGCAGUCGAUAAAGGCCCUGCACGAUGAGCGGGAAUCCCAGAAGCACGGCUUCGAGGAGGAGAUCACGGAGUACAAAGAGCAGAUCAAGCAGCACUCCCAGACCAUUGUGAACCUGGAGGAAAGGCUCUGCCAAGUGUCCCAGCACCACAGGAGAAUAGAAGGGGAGAUCGCCACGUUAAAAGACAUUGAGCCAGCUCAAAAGGAAGAAGCGCCCCUAGAGCCCUCCGCAGGACCCCCACUGGACAGCAGCACCAAGGAAGCAGCGUGCGACCACCUGAUAGAUGACUUACUGACCGCUCAGAAGGAAAUCCUGUCUCAGCAAGAGAUCAUCAUGAGGCUGAGGACAGACCUCAACGAAGCCCACGGCAGGAUGUCAGAUCUGAGAGGGGAACUCAGUGAGAAGCAGAAGAUGGAGCUGGAGCGACACAUGGCCCUGGUACAACAGCAGAGCAUUGAGCUGAGCAUGCUCAAAGCGAAGGCGGCCCAGACAAGCGGCCUGGUGGAGAAGAAAGACCGGGAGCUGAAGGUCCUCAGGGAGGCGCUCAGGGAUUCCCAAGAGAAGCAUAGACCCCACCUGAGCAUGGAGCAGAAGCCUAGGAAUCUGAGUCAGAAGUGUGACAUCUCAUGGCAGAUAGAGCCAGUGCACCCAGAUUCAUGCUGCAACUUGCAAGAGGAGCCGUCCUUCAGUGACCUGGGGGCCAAGUGCAAAGGGUCUCGACACGAGGAGACCAUCCAGCGGCAGAAGAAGGCCUUGUCGGAACUCCGAGUGCGAAUCAAAGAACUGGAGAAGACCAGCUCCUGCAAUCAUAAGGACCACGCGAAUGAAUCAUUCCUAGAACUAAAGACCCUCAGAAUGGAAAAAAAUGUACAGAAAAUGUUAUUAGACGCAAAGCCUGACUUGACGACUCUCUCAAGAAUAGAGAUCCAAUCGCCUCAGACUGGCCUUUUCAGCAUGGGCUCCAACUUGGCCAUCGAGAAGUCCAUGAAAGCAGAUGCUUCAGACGCCUUAGACCUCAGUGAGAAGCUGUACAUGGACAUGAGCAGGACGCUCGGCAGCCUGAUGAACAUCAAAGACAUGUCCGGCCAUGUGAACUUGAAGCACCUCUCGCCCAAAGAGCGGGAGAGGGUCAACCACCUCCGGCAGAAGGACCUGGACCUGGUGUUUGAUAAGAUCACUCAGCUCAAGACCCGACUCCAGAGGAAAGAAGAACUCCUGAGAGGACGGGAGCAGGAGCUGGAACAGCUCAGGCAGAGCAAAGUGUCCCUUCAGAUGUACCAGACGCAGGUGGCGAAGCUGGAGGAUGACGUCUACAAAGAAGCAGAGGAGAAGGCGCUACUGAAGGAGGCCCUGGAGCGCACAGAGCAGCUGCUGUACCAGGAAAAGAGACUCAACAGGGCCUUCAAGCAGCAGAGGGACCGGGUAGAGGACCAAGAGCAAAGAAACACAUCCUGCAGCUGUCCCUUCAAAGACAAUGAGAGGCAGGUACGGAGAGGCGAGAUCAGGCAGCCACGUGCAAAGCCGGUCCUUGCAAGGGGACGCGUGUUUGUAGAGAUGGCCAAGAACAAGAUGCAGAACUCAAGUCUCCAGGUUGGAGUCAAGAAAGUCACCCUGAAGAUGGGCCAAGAAAAAGAGACAAAGAAGGACGCAUGCAGGUCUAGCCAGUUUUUUUCAUUUGUUAAGCCUGGCGGAAAGAACUAGAAAGCACACUGUCCCAGGGCCUCAUGUGAUCCUGAUGGAGUUGGUUUGACUCUCCAGUAACCAAGGGACUUUGACAGCACUUUAAGAGUGUUGCUUGGGUAUUUGACUUUCUAGAUUGAUAUUUUGCAGUGUGUGGAGAGAGGAUUUUAAAAAAAUACCUAUAAAUGUAUAUACAUGCAGGUAUAUGAAGAAUAUGUCUCUAACCCUGACUCCCAGCCUUGUGGAUACAGUCGCGUGGUUCGCAUUUGGGUUGCGAUGUACCUAAGCAUCAGCUCUUCCAACUAGAGCCACAGGGCAAAGGGGAAGCUUGGGGAACUUGACUACAGUAUAACAAAUUUAUAUCUGUGUUUAUUAUAAUAAAUUUAGAAUGCCAAUCAAUUCCAUCGCCUCUGUAACCGUGACCGACAUUUCUACGGCACUUUGCAGUUAUCAAAAUAUUUCUCAGUUAAUCCUUUCCCCAAGUCCCUCAUUCCUCCAUUUCACAGACCAGGAUGCCAAAUCCCAGAGAGGUUGACAGGCCUGCAAACUCAGAAGCUGGGCUUCUAAUUCUGUCACAACAUCCAUUUUUUUUCUUUUCUUUUUCUUUUUCUUUUUUUAAGAUUUAUUUAUCACAUGCAGUGUUUUGCCUGCAUGCCAGAAGAGGGCACCAGAUUGAAUUAUAGAUGGUUGUGAGCCACCAUGUGGUUGCUGGGAAUUGAACUCAGGACCCCUGGAAGAGCAGUCAGUGCUCUUAACCUCUGAGCCAUCUCUCCAGCCCCCCCACAGAGCCCAUUCUACUGGACCGAGUAACCUUUGUCUUCCCUGUCUCUGGCUACAAGACAGACCAAGGACUCAGUCACCAAAGAACACGCACUCCAUUUCCCUGGUGUUCAGAGACUCCGGUUUCUUCUCUGGUACCCUGCCUUCUGUCUACCCACCUGACCUCUCAUCGCUGUCCUUCUUUCUUGACCUUACAGCCAACCAUACUUAGAUGGAGAAGGGGCCAAAAGGCACAAAAUAGAUUGGUUUUUGUUGUUGUCGUUGUUUUUAAAAGCCACAAUAAAAAUAUUUUCAUAUUC